AUGCCGACUGAACUUUCUCAAAGCCAACAAAAGCAUUGGAGAUUCCUCACCUUCAUGGGGAGCGGAGAAUGGGACACUGCAACGUCGAUUUUGACAUGCUGGGACCCAGCAGACUUUAUGCCUCUCAUGAACGCCGGUAUCAAAGUGUACACUGCCACCACCAACAACCCCACAGAUUCCGACAAGGAAAAACUCGAUCAGUUCUCAAGACUGAAGGCAACUAUUGGCCAACGUGCCAAGGAUGUUUCGACCCGAACACGCGCCGAGCUUACCAAUCCCUCGUAG